GGGGAGGUGACCCAGACCUACAGCCUUUCCACUCAAUGGGGAAACAGGCUCCGGUCUACAGCAUCAAAUCACUUUCAUUUUCUGAAAUAUUAUUUUCUCUGUACUUCAUCUCCCUAGAUUUUUCAAACCUCAUCUACGGCCACAGCAGUGCGAAUACAUUCAACCUAUCAUCAGCGUCUAGCGACCACUGUCAUCUGAGAAGGACACCACGUGGUUUUGUAAUAACGCCAUGUCACAUUCAAACAGUAAUAACCCAUACAGCAGACGACCAACGGAAUCUCCAUUCGAAUCUUAUGCUUUAGACGACUCCCAAAACUUUGACGAAAAAUAUUCCAACUCUCCAUCUAGACAGGGUUAUCAUUCCUCUGAGCCUGACGAUUCGAGCCAUCAAAGGCAAUUUGGAUUCCAUCAAGCUCCUUCCGUAUCUUCUUUUGAAUCUUCUCACAACCAUCGACACUCAACCUACGCAACGUUUCAAGAUAACGAAUCGACCGAGAUGCUUGAAGCGUCCUUUGGUGAUAUGAAUCAAUAUGAUUCAGAGUAUUUAACUCAACCACCACCUCAUGCUCGGAAAGGACCUAUGCCAAACAGCUCUAUGAAUAAUAUACUAUUAGGUCCCACCAAUACCCAUCAGAGUGAAGAAUAUCGAUCGCUACAGGAGAACGACCCUCCCAGACGCCAAAGGUCACACCGAGCGCCAAGAAAGAAGUUUAACUUGAGCGAUGCCUUUAAAAAGUGUUUCAAUCGGCGCAAGAACAACGAAGCGGCUGGUCCACGUUUGAUUUAUAUCAACAGCAGUGGUUUGAAUGAGCAGCAAAAAUUCCUUCAUAAUAGAGUUUUCACAGCAAAAUACAGCCCGCUGACCUUCUUACCGAAAUUCCUUUACAUUGAGUUCAGCAAAUAUGCCAACCUUUUCUUCUUAUUUAUUUCUGGUAUACAGCAAAUCCCGAACGUAUCCCCAACAUCCAAAUGGACGACGCUGAUUCCGUUGGUCAUCGUUUUGUUCAUUACCGCCAUCAAAGAACUUGUCGAAGACUGGGGUGUUCAUCGAUCAGACGCUGAGGUCAACGCUCGUAAAUGUAAAGUUUUGGUGGGCGGCCAAUUUAUUGAACGACGAUGGCGAGAAGUGCAAGUGGGCGAUAUUUGCAGAAUUGAAGGAUCUGAGUUCUUUCCUGCGGACCUGAUAUUGCUCAGCAGCUCUGAGCCAGAAGGCCUGUGUUACAUCGAGACAAGUAAUUUGGACGGUGAGGUCAACUUGAAGAUCAAACAAGCAUUGCCUGAAACAGCAAAGUAUACGUCCCCACAACACAUUUCUCAGCUUGGAGGGGUUGUAAAAUCCGAACAGCCCAAUAACCGACUGUAUAACUAUGAUGGAACAUUCUCCAUACCGUCUAAAGAACUCGGCGGAAAAUCAAAAGAUCAUCCAGUCGACCCCAAUCAGGUUUUAUUGCGAGGUGCGCAAUUGAGAAACACCUCUUGGAUUUACGGUGUAGUCGUUUUUACUGGACACGAAACGAAGUUGAUGUUGAAUUCGAGCAAAAAACCUACAAAGCAGUCCAAUGUCACCAGAAUGACAAACCGCAAUAUUCUCUCGCUAUUCGUUAUCCUAGUCUUGAUGAGUGUUGCUUGUGCAGCUGGUAACUUUGUUAUUUCUGUGCGUCAAGAAUCGACCAUGGGAUACCUGAAUUCUACAGCGACGAACAAAGCAGCAGAGUUUGGCAAUCAGAUUCUCACAUUUUUGAUUCUAUUCAACAGUUUCAUUCCCAUUAGUUUGAUGGUUACAAUGGAGGUUGUCAAAUAUGUACUGUCAAUGCUUAUCGAUAAUGAUCUUGACAUUUACUACGACAAGACCGAUACCCCAGCUGUGGCGCGCAGCAGUAGUUUGAUUGAAGAAUUAGGUCAGGUUGAAUACGUCUUUUCCGACAAGACAGGCACAUUGACAUGCAACGAAAUGGAGUUCCGUGAAUGUUCCAUUGCUGGUCUACGAUAUGCCGAAAAAGUCGAUGCGGAUAAGGCCGCUCGACCAGGAGACAAUGGCGAAGGGCAAUAUACUUUCAAGCAAUUGAAGGAGCAUGAAACAUCUUCUAAAAGCGCUCAUAUAAUCAACGAAUUUUUGACUCUCCUAAUGACUUGCCACACUGUCAUUCCGGAGAGGAACGAAGGAUCUGACAAAAUCACUUAUCAAGCCGCUUCACCCGACGAAGGUGCAUUGGUACAGGGAGCUUCCGAACUUGGAUACAAAUUUUAUGGUCGACGACCCAAUUCGAUCAACUGUACAGCCCACGGACAAGAGCAGGAGUAUCAGAUUCUCAAUGUUUGCGAAUUCAAUUCGACGAGAAAGCGUAUGUCCGUCGUUGUUCGAUGCCCCGACGGCAAGAUCAAACUUUUCUGCAAGGGUGCCGAUACUGUCAUUCUUGAACGUUUGAGCGACAACAAUCCUUUUACCGAAGAAACCUUGGUUCAUUUAGAAGAUUUCGCAACGGAAGGUUUGCGUACUCUUUGUCUUGCCAUGCGUGAGAUUCCUGAAGAUGAAUACACCCGGUGGUCACAAAUUUAUGACCAGGCAGCUACGACUUUGAAUAACCGUGCUGACGAACUGGAUAAAGCGGCUGAGAUGAUUGAACAAAACCUUUUCUUGCUUGGCGCCACAGCCAUCGAGGAUAAACUCCAAGACGGUGUUCCUGAUACUAUCCAUACGCUUCAAGAAGCAGGCAUCAAAGUCUGGGUUCUUACUGGCGAUCGACAAGAGACUGCAAUCAAUAUUGGAUAUAGCUGUCGAUUGUUGAACGAAGAUAUGAGUCUCAUCAUAUGUAAUGAGGACAGCCAUUUCAGUACCAAAACGUUUUUAGAGGCUAAGCUACAUGAGGUGACCGAGGCUCGAGAACAGCACAGCCACUAUGGCCGUGGAGAAAACCAAGGACAUCAUGAAGAUCCUAUGGCACUCAUCAUUGAUGGCAGAGCAUUGACAUUUGCAUUGGAGAAAGACAUCGAAAGGAUUUUCUUAGAUCUAGCAAAACGGUGCAAGGCAGUCAUUUGCUGUCGUGUAUCACCUCUUCAAAAGGCUCUUGUCGUCAAGCUUGUAAAGAAGUAUUCGCACUCCAUCCUCCUGGCUAUUGGUGAUGGAGCCAACGAUGUGUCCAUGAUUCAAGCAGCUCAUGUUGGUGUUGGUAUCAGUGGUGUGGAAGGUCUACAAGCUGCACGUAGUGCCGAUUUCUCAAUCUCCCAAUUCCGCUUCCUCCGCAAGUUGCUUCUCGUUCACGGAUCCUGGGCCUACCAACGACUCAGUAAAAUGAUCUUUUACUUCUUUUACAAAAAUGUCGCUCUAUAUUUGACCCAAUUUUGGUAUGCUAUCUUCAAUGGAUUUUCCGGUCAGACACUGUAUGAGUCCUGGACUAUGUCAUGUUUCAACGUUAUCUUCACCAUUUUGCCACCUUUGGCCAUUGGUGUCUUCGAUCAAUUUACUUCUGCUCGCCUCCUUGACAAGUAUCCUCAAAUGUACAUGCUUGGUCAAAGCAAUGAAUUCUUUAACCAAAGGCGAUUUUGGGGUUGGAUUGCCAACGCUAUUUUCCAUUCUCUGGUUCUCUUCUUUGCUGGAAUGUUGGCUUUCCGUGAUGAUGAUGUUUUUACCGAUGGAUGGUCUGGUGGCCAGUGGUGGGUUGGAACAACUAUUUUCACAGCUACACUGGCUGCCAUUCUUUACAAGGGCUGCUUGAUCACUGAUACAUGGACAAAAUGGUCGGUCAUUAUGAUUCCAGGUUCAAUGGUGAUUUGGUUCAUUUAUAUGCCUCUUGUAGCAUAUGUCGGUCCUAUGUUACCAUGGGGUAUCUUCCUAGAAUACACAGGCAUCAUUCCUGUUCUGUUCGGCAAUGUAAAUUAUUGGCUUUUCAUUCUGCUCGUUCCUUUGCUCGCCAACACUCGAGAUUACAUUUGGAAAUUCUACAAGAGAAUGUAUCGACCACAAAUGUACCACUUUGUACAAGAAAUUCAAAAACUUAACCUGCCAGAUUACAGACCUAGAAUGGACCGCUUCCGUCAAGCUGUGAACAAAGUUCGCAAGAUUCAGCGUUUGAAGAAAACUCGAGGUUUCGCCUUUUCCCAGAACGAAACGGAUCAAAGCAAACUCAUUAGAAUGUACGAUACAUUCAAGAGUAAGCCACAAGGAUAAUGUAAAUUUUCCUUCAUUGUUAUCUAGACUCUCCUUUCGUCAACACCAUAUUGCUGGUUUGCGAUUUGGAGCCUCCCUAUUUUUUUUUCACUGCUAGCUUUCUUUUUGAUUGCGUUGUGUGUACUGUAUGUUCGUUCCUCCUGUAACAAGAGCUAGAUAUGUAUGAAGUGCUUCGGAACGAUCAGCAUUGCAUAUCAAAUUGCAUUGAAUACCGUAAUAAAAUGAUUUCGUCUACAAUUGCAUACAUCUUCGCCUUACAAGCCCACUUUCAGGCAUCCACCCGCUUAAUAUUGUCAGCCCACAAUAUUUUUAAGCUUGCUGGCUGGAGGUCAGCAAGUGUCCAGGCUCUGUAGUAACACUAUGUAAGCUUUAAAAAUCUUUUAA